GAGACCGAGAACGGGAGAAGGGCCGCCAUUAUUGGGAAGCUGAAAAAACACAUUAACACACAUUCACACACGCACCGUCUCCAAAUUUCGCCUUUAUCCUGGAAGAAGUCCUCUUUCCCCCCUCCGCCGGAGACUCUUGGACUGCGUGCUGACGCCGGUGAUAAAACAUGGACAACUCGAGAUGUUUUGGACACAACAAAGGAAAUUAUAAGUGCUCAAAAACAACGUGGUGAACCCAAGGGAAAGGCACCGCGAUACAAAGCUCGUUUCCCCACCAAUCUCUCUCCUUCAACGCCCCCUCCUUUCCAACAAGAAAACAGUGAUCUGAUAUUCAUUUUUUUUUCUUUUCUCGAUGCCAUCUGUCGCAUUUUUGGGAGAGAAACGCAAAUCAGAUUGUUGAAAACUUUGAGCAGACGACCAGUCAUUGAGAGGAAGAGAUUGUGUCGCUUUCGGACAGCUGCAGAAAGGGAAACGCCGAUGUUUGUGGGACUACUGCUGGACUACUAACACUGUUCUUCUUCGUCUUGAUAAAUUUGUGAGCCGCCGCCGCUGCAGAUAAAGCAGUGAAAGAGAAGAGACAGGGAGGCAUGCUGUGGGUCAGAUCCAGGCUGGGCAGACCUGAAAUCUACAUUAUUUCGAUGUCAGAAUGUCCCUGAAGAGAGGAGAUGGGCUGGAAUAAUACCACCUGCAAUACACCUGCCUAAGGCCACAGGAACUUCACUUCCCCGCCCUCAAACCCCAAUCCCUUCUUCCCCUUCUAAACCUCUGCCAAAAUUGUGACUGGCCAAUUGACUGUGGAUUUAAGUUUGAUUUGUUUAUAAUUUAAAGAGAUAUAAAGAAUACAUUUGAUUAUUAAGGGUAUUUGACCCACUUGAUCCACAUGAAAAAAAAUCCCUAAAGACAUUUCAGGAUCUUUAAGAAUAAAUUAUUUUGCCAGGCCAGAAAGCGUUUGGAUGGAACAUCAGCCCAGCAGCUUUCAAACUGGAGCUUCUGGGAAUGGCAAGAUGAGUGCUGUUAUACGAUGAUGAUGGCAAAAAAGCAAGAUGCCCGGGCACCAACCUACAACCUUGUUGUAGUAGGUUUGUCCGGGACUGAAAAGGAAAAGGGGCAAUGUGGGGUAGGCAAGUCCUGCCUUUGUAAUCGCUUUGUUCGCCCCAGUGCUGAUGAUUUUUACUUUGACCACACAUCUGUUUUAAGCACAAGUGACUUUGGUGGUAGAGUGGUAAACAAUGACCACUUCCUCUUUUGGGGUGAAGCGGUACGAAUGUUGGAAGAGGGUGCAGAGUGCCGAAUGCAUGUGGUGGAACAGACAGAGUUUAUUGAUGACCAAACCUUCCAGCCACAUAGAAGUACUGCAUUACAGCCCUAUAUCAAGCGGGCAGCUUCCACCAAGCUGGCCUCUGCUGAGAAGCUCAUGUAUUUCUGCACAGAUCAGCUUGGACUAGAGCAAGACUUUGAGCAGAAACAAAUGCCUGAAGGCAAGCUUUUAGCGGAUGGAUUCUUACUCUGUGUGGAUGUGAGCAGGGGUAUGAACCGAAAUUUUGAUGACCAGAUGAAGUUUGUGACUAAUCUGUAUAACCAGCUAGCGAAGACUAAGAAGCCAGUCGUACUGGUGUUGACAAAGUGUGAUGAAGGGGUUGAGCGGUACAUUAAAGACUCUCACACGUUUGCCUUGGCCAAGAAGAAUUUGCAGGUUGUUGAGAGCUCAGCACGCUCUAAUGUUAAUGUUGACCUUGCCUUCAUUACCUUGGUGCAGUUGAUAGAUAAGAGUAGAGGGAAGCCUAAGAUCAUUCCUUACUUUGAAGCCCUCAAGCAGCAAAGUCAACAGAUAGCUACCGCUAAGGACCGUUAUGAGUGGCUGGUAAGCCGCAUUGUGAAGAACCAUAAUGAAACAUGGCCCAACACCAACCGUAGAAUGCAAACAUCCCCUGAAUACAAAGACUAUGUCUUCCUUGAGGGUACUUCAAAAGCCAAGAAAUUAUUCCAGCAACAUGUACACAGACUCAAGCAGGAGCACAUAGAAAGGCGGCGCAAAAUCUAUCUCAGCACACUCCCACAGGCUCUAAACUCCUUGGUCCCAGACCUGGAUGAGAUUGAUCACCUGAGCUGGUCAGGAGUACAGAAAGUUCUUGAAACUAAGCGGGAAUUUUCCAACUGGUUUGUUGUGCUAGAUGACACACCAUGGGAAACUACACCACACAUUGACAACAUGGAAGAUGAACGAAUUCCCCAGGAUCUUUUGGAAACACCUGUAGCAGAGGGAAUAUAUGAGAGUCACUUGGAACACCUGCACAAUGAACGAAAGAGAGCAGAAAUGCGAUGGGAGUUCAAAGAGAAACUUACCUGCUCACCGUUUGUUACACCUGGCAAACGCUGGGAGGAAGCUCGAAGCUUCAUCAUGAAUGAGGAGUUUUAUCAGUGGUUAGAUGAGCAGGAAUACAAUGAUAUCUAUAACAAGUACCAGAAGAUUAUUACUGACCAAGCCAAAGAGGACUUUCAAGAACUAUUACUGGAGUACUCAGAGUUGUUUUAUGAGCUUGAAGUUGAUGCUAAGCCCAGUAAAGAAAAAAUGGGUGCGAUCCAAGAGGUUCUUGGAGAUGAGCAGCGGUUUAAAGCCCUCCAAAAGCUUCAGGCUGAGAGAGAUGCCCUGGUGCUCAAACAUAUCCAUUUUGUCUACCACCCUACUAAAGAAACUUGUCCUAGUAGCCCUCAUUGUGUGGAUGGCAAAAUUGAGCAACACUUAGCCCUUCGUUAUCCCACUCGAUAUUCUUUUGAUGGAAGCUCAAAAUCACAGUUUGGUGAGGGAAAGGUAGAUAGAAUUAAUCUUGUAAUUCUUGGCAAAGAUGGACUUGCAAGAGAGUUAGCCAAUGAGAUCAGAGCACUGUGCACUAAUGACGAACGGUACGUGCUAGAUGGAAGGACUUAUGAGCUGACUCUUCGACCUAUAGAGGGAAAUGUACGCCUUCCUGUCAACUCCUUCCAUACCCCAACUUUUGCCCCACAUGGUUGCCUCUGCCUCUACAACUCAAAAGAAUCUUUAUCCUAUGUUGUUGACAGUGUUGAGAAGUUACGAGAAUCAACCAUAGGCCGAAGGGAGACAAAUCUAGUUCAACUUCCCUUGUCUCUUCUGUUGGUCACCAAAAGAGGUGUUGGAUCAAUUUCUGACAUUGGGGGUGAAACAGCACAGACCCUGAUUCAACACGGUCAACAAGUGGCUGGCAGAUUUCAGUGCAGUUAUUUAGAGCCUGCUUCCCCAGGUGUAGGGUAUGGUCGCAAUAUAAAUGACAAACACUUAAACCAGAUUCUCAGAGGUCUGUUGGAGACAAGGCGACCGUCAGUUAGUCUUGGCAGUAGCUCCCCACCCCUACUGCCUUCACUGGCAGCAUUCAGAGACUCUCAGCAAAGCACAGAGGGUGACUUGCGAAUUGUAAUGUGUCUGAUGUGUGGAGAUACUUAUGAUGUUGACCAGCUACUUUCACCAUUUUUGCUGCCCCAGCACUGCCGACCCUUAUCCAAUCUAUCCAGUGGAACAUCAGUUUUGUUGGAUUUGUCCAUAGGUGGCCAAAGGCUAAGCAUUGAUCUUGCUAUUCUAUCUUACCACUCAUCUUUUUCCUUACGUAAAAGCAGAUUAGUGCAUGGUUACAUAGCAGUGUACUCUGCUAAACGGAAGGCAUCCAUGGAAACCCUUUGUGCCUUCCUUUGUGAAGUCCAGGACAUUAUUCCAGUGCAGUUGCUUGCUGUGGCAGAGACCCAAUCAGAACUUGCAGACUCUGAAGCAGUUCGGGAGCAGCUUGCCCAAGGUGAAGAACUGGCCCAUGAAAUUGAUGCCCGUUUCAGCUCUGUGAUCUGUGGGCCUGGUGGGGUGGUGGGAGGCUUGCAUCGGAUAGACCACUUCCAGCCAUUCUUUAAGGAGGUAGUGGAGAAGAAAACCAUAGUAGAAGCAACACAUAUGUAUGACAAUGUUGCAGAGAAUGUCACCAAUGAGAAUGUUUCUUCACCUCGAUGUGGCUCUCCAAGUAUCACAUUACUGGACUCUGAGGAUGACAUUGAGCCCUCCCCACCUUAUCCCACUUCAAGGAAUGAUGACACUUCGACCCGUGGUGGUUUCAAGCUCCCAGAUUUUGAGGGUGAGUCCUUCUCCCUUAUCUCUGAGAUUACAAAUUUGGAAAACAAGAUAAACAGCAAAGUUCCACCUCAGGUGCGGCCAAAGCCCAAUGUUACCUUUGACAUUCCCAAAACCCCAAACAGCAGUUUGUACACAGAUUUGGCACUACAUGGAUCUAACAGACGAUCAUUGCCAUCAGUCACCUGGCCUGAAGCUGGCUAUGAUCCAUCUGACUAUGCUGAGCCCAUGGAUGCAGUAGCAAAGCCUCGUCCCACAGAGGAGGAAAAUAUUUAUUCUGUACCACAUGACAGCACACAAGGCAAGAUCAUCACUAUUCGCAAUGCAAACAAAAGUCAUUCUAAUGGUGCUGGAAAUGGAUCAGAUAGUGAGGCCGAUAGCAGUUCAUUAGAGCGCAGACGAAAACUGUCUGCUCUUGGAGUUAAACCUCGGCUGUAUCGUGAUCGCUCCAAACGACUUGGAAAGUUUAGCAGCUUCCGCACAAGCUUCAUUGGGAGUGAUGAUGAGCUUGGGGGUACACCUAAGGCUAAAGAGGAUGAGCUUGGUGCACAGAAAGGAGAUACUUCUUUAAAUGAAGAAGGCGAAGACCCAAAGAAGAGGAAUAUACUGAGAAGCCUGGGUCGAAGAACUACUAAGAAAACUCGGCCAAAGGCUCGUCAGACGUCCUUGUCCAAGCCUCCUGAGAGUAACUACUUUGGAGUUCCCUUGGCCAAUGUUGUUACCCCUGAGCGGCCCAUUCCACUCUUCAUUGAGAAGUGCAUUCAUUACAUUGAGACAACAGGGUUGGGCACAGAGGGGAUCUACAGGGUGAGUGGAAAUAAGGCCGAGAUGGAAGGCAUGCAGCGGCAGUUUGACCAGGACCCUAACAUUGACCUGGUGGAGAAGGACAUGUCAGUGAACACAGUGGCUGGAGCAUUGAAGAGCUUCUUCUCGGAGCUGCCUGAUCCUCUGGUGCCCUACAGCAUGCAGGUGGAGCUGGUGGAAGCCUUCAAAAUCAAUGAUCGAGAGCAUCGUCUCCACACCAUGAAGGACGUGCUCCGCAGGUUCCCUCGAGAAAACUACGAUGUCUUCAAAUACGUCAUCACUCACCUGAACAAGGUGAGUCUAAACAGCCGGCUGAACCUGAUGACCAGCGAGAAUCUGUCCAUCUGUUUCUGGCCGACGUUAAUGAGGCCUGAUUUCACCACCAUGGAUGCUCUGACGGCCACGCGCACCUAUCAGACAAUCAUCGAGACCUUUAUCCACCAGUGUGCUUUCUUCUUCUACAAUCAACCCUUCGCCGACACACCUAGCGGACUGCCCGGACAGCCCGCCUCACCCACAGCCACUUUGUCUUCUGGCUCCGCCUACUCUACCAGUUAUGCCUCAGUACAACCAGUAGCCCCGCCCUUUAGUCCUGCCCAACAAUCUCCACCUCAUUCUCCACCACCAACCCCUCAAUCCCCAAUCCAGAGCCUGCUGCCGCCUCUGCACCCCCAUCACACCCCUACAGAACAACACAUGCUGUGAACCUGGAGAUGAGGAGGACAACUUUGGAGGCACUGAAAGAGAUUAAUUGAAUGGAAGAAAUAUCUGAGAUUGCACGGCCGUGCCAGACUUAUCACAAGUGAAAGCAGUAGAGGAACGAGAAAGAAAGAGGUCAAUGAGCUACGUCAGCCACACUUCAUCGUCCUCUUUCUGCAUCAUCCUACUCAGUAAAUUGCAGCGCCACUCUGCUCUUGGCCCUUUACGCUCCUCAAACACACAGACAGCUGCACAUGAAGUGUGGUUCACCCAAUCCCAGAUCUCCUAUGGGUCCAUGUGACUUGCGGACAUCUCCAGCGGAGUCAGUUUGGGGACCAACAAACCAACAGGCUAAAACCCCUACUCGUAUUGGAGUGACCACUCUAGACAAGGUUAAACGGGCCAUCAGGGUGGCCUAUAUAUACACCAGAUUUUUGUCGUAGCUUUCGACCACUGUUCAUUAUCAAAUUAUGAUCUGAAAAGCUUUUUUUUUUUCUUGACGCAGCAACACGACCACAUUCCUACCCCUUAUUUAUCCUGUUUUGCUUGUAACGGCUUUUUAAAGAAAGUCCAAAAAAAUCAAUCGAAACUAGAACUUGACAAACUGGAUCAAGUUUUGCUGGGAAGGAUAUGUUUGUGUGGAAUGCUUUCGCACAGCAUUCUGGGAUUUGAAGUCUUUUUCCUCUCACUUGAGCCUCCAGAAUAUGCUGGAAGACUAACGCUUCUUUUAUUGCAGAAUUUCCUCACGACCACACAACCCCUUAGAUUUCCUGAUUCACGAGGAUCUUCGGUGUCUGUUCAUUUGGGAGUUGUAUUGUUGUUAUGACACGUUUCAGGAAGUUUUGCUCCCCCUUUCUAGCUAGACUUGUGGACUUUUUUUUGUGCAGAGUAUUGGUGAACUGGUGAGUUAUGACUUCUAAGGGAUGGGUUAUAGGGUAUGGUUAUUUAGAGGAGAGGUAUUUACCAUGAAAUGCGAGUUUUAGAAGGUAAAGGAAGGUUGCACUUGAGAAAACAUUGCACCAAUUCAGAUGGAAUACAUGAACUGUGGGUGAAAUAUAAGGUGGGAUGGAAGUUACGGCUUUUGGGGAAAGAUAAAGUCUUUAAGGCCAAUUUACACUGGACCAACAGAUGCUGACCAAUGACAUCAAACACUCUUCAGGUCUUGAAAGUUCAGUGUGUUUCCUCUGGUGGCGUGGCUCAGAGCAUGUUGUCGCUGAUUGAACAUGUUCAGUCGACAUUCAUCAGUUCACAAAAUGUCUGAGAAGUAACGUCCAGUAGUCUGGCGAUUGAAUCAGUCGGUAUAGUGUGAAUUGGCCGUUUAAUGUGUCUGAAAACAGCAUGUGGUGCACCGAUUGUAUGCUAAUUAUGAGCUUGCAGCUAGUAGCUUUUUGUUGAGACUAACUAAAUCAGUACUUCAGAGUUGAUCUCCGAAGGAUGACUUUGUUUAAAAUCCUACAAGUUUUUAAACGGGCAACAAAAAUGGGACAGUUAAUUUGACAACACUACCACCCAGUGGAUAAAGCAGGUAUUGCAUGCCAAUAUUCAGCUCGAUUUCAUCCUACUACUACAUUUUUGUUUUGUUUUUGUCUAGAAAAUGCUGGACGCAUUUGAAAACACACAAUUCACUUUGUAGCAAAAGAAACUAAAAAUCAGACAUUAAAGGGUUGCUUGUAUCAAUAUUCCCCAGCACUUAUUCUUUCUAUUGCUAUAUCCAGAUUGGUAAUGGAUCAUUUUCUAUGACCUUUGUGUUGAUUUGAACUCAAGAGUCUGUUUGUUGUGAGCCAUGAUUUUCAAGUGGAGCAGAUUUUGUGAAAAUGUGAAACAAUCACGUUUAUGGAGAUCAAUGAAUGUAUCCACAGCAGAUUACACUUCAUUUCUGUGCAUAUCUCUCCUUGUGAUACCUGUUAAUCCUCACUGCAAUCGACCUCGACCUUUUUACUCGUCAGUCGGCAUCUGCUCUGACUUCUGAUUGGCUGUUUUUGCUCAAACACUAUGUCUUUUGCCCCCAGAGAGCAAAAGUAAUGGUAUAUUUUGGGAAAUCGGGAGCUGUGUGGCCUAUACGCCCCUGGUACUUUGUGUAUGAAUGCUGCAUUUCUCUGUGUAUUUUCAAUGUAUUCUUUCAGAUCCGACUGUCCUUCGCAGCCAAAGACUGUGCUUUGAGAAAAAGAAAAAAGGCAGGGAGAGACACCGAAAUGCGACAUGACAAACAUGUAUUAAAAUGUGACAUUGGUUCAGCAAUCCUAUUUGGCUGCAUCACUUUGUUUUUUAUCUUCAUUUUCAUUUUUUGUUUUCAGCAAUGGUGACAGAUUAAGUUAAGGGAGAAAGGAGCAAAACUAUAUUCAGAAUGGUUGUUUAUUUGUACGUUAGGGGGUCUGACACUUUGCCCAGUAGUCAAUGGUGAUAGAAGAGGUUUUCUUUUUAUGUUUUCUUUUAAUUAUUAAAAAAUGACGCAACAUUUUUUAACAGUUUUUUUUUUUUUUUUUUGUGAAUGAUGUAAAGGCCAACAAUGAUGUACUGCAUGAUUCAAGACCAGGUCAGAGAGAGAGGGGAUUUACCACUCUCAGUAUUAAAAAUACAAAAGAAAGAAAAAAAAAAUUGUACAAUGAAAAAAAAAAUACUGAAAUAAAUGAAGUUACAAUGACAAAAAAAAAAACAUGCCAAGAAGUUGGUAAUUAGUCUCAAUGGGAAUGGUGUAUAAACAGUAAGGCCUUCUGUGACAUGUAUUAUAGUUAAUAAAUCAAUCUUGUAAAA